UAGUGGCAUCCACAUCUCUUUCUACAAGCGCGCUAAAGGGCAUGGUGUCUGUGAGUCCAUAAUCAGAAGUGACCCUCGGAUCCUGUGGUGUCCGGGGUUCCGUACGCAGAACUCAACAAGCAAACGUAGAGGUGGAUGUGGCAUCUGGGGUAUGUGUAGAGCUCUGACACUUGCGGUGCCCGGAAGCCGAUCAAGGCCACCAGCAAGACGCGUCGAUUGUCUGGUCAGCUUCUUGUUACGUGUGCAAAACGCAACGAGACCUCUCACAUGAAUGUCACACCCUACCUGAGAUUGAUUUUAAUAUCUAUACCGCGUCUUUCGUGUCUUUCGUUUCAAGGUGCGCACACAUCCCCUCCAAAGUCUUGUAAGUACGGGACCCAUGCGCACCGUCUAGAUUCUAUAGGGGCUUACUCCAACGGUCACUCAUCUCCUGAACAACGGCUGCGCUGCUUGAACCUUACCUCGCCGCACUCGUCAAUCUGCCGACCGCAAGUACCGCAAUCCCUUACCAACCGCACCCACGCGACGAUCUCACGAACCCUUACGCAUAAAUCGCGGAACAAACCAUACCGUUGGCUUACGGGAAUGCACCAGCGGACGCUUCCGUAACGUUGGAAUUGCUUAUUUCGACCGCCCGGAUUAGUCACUACAAAGAAGCUCAUUUCGUCU